AUGGGCAUUCCACGUCUCAAAGGGCACCUUCUACGGUACGAAGAAGCCGUCUGGCUGGGGCAAACAGCGCCUCAGGACCAGGAAAAUACCCGAAGCAUCGCCUCUGUGGUUAUCGAUGGUCCUGCGCUGGUCUACCAUGUCUACUACUGCCUCAUGGCGGCCAUGGAGCAACAUCUCAACCCCUUCUCUGCUCAGCCUGCUAGCGACGAGGUGAGCGUUGGAGUCAUGAAGAUGCUGCUCUAUCUCCGUGCUGUCGGUGUCACCGUAGAGAAAAUCUACUUUGAUGGAGCCCUUCCGCCGUCAAAGCGGGAAAUACGCCUGGAGAGGAUGGCAAAGCUCGCCUCGAAGCUGCAGCAAGUUUGUCAUGCAAAGAAGCGUGGGUUUAAGAGCGGCACUGUGGCAGGAGGCCGGCCAUCGCUCGACACUAAGCUGCUCUUCAGCCGUCGCUUGGUAAAUCCCAAGUUCUACACCUUGCCCGAUAACCCCUUCAUGGUUGCUACUGUUGCCGAGGACUUGAAGUACCGGUGGGACUGGCAAUCCAUCGAGUGCUACCACAGCUUCAACGGCACCGAGGGAACCCACAGCCCCUUGUUUCCAUGGGCAGAUAUAACAGAGGUCGUCUUGGGAGAGGCGGAUCUCUUCUGCGCUGAAACUGCGAGAGAUCGAGGCUCUGCGGUACUAACAGGAGACUCAGACCUUGCUAUACAUGAUCUUGGGCCGGACGGCUCUGUUGUGUUUUUAGAGUCCAUCGAGAUGUACGAGAUCCCAGGUACCGGCGAAAGGCAAUCGAAAAUACCAUCCUUUGGCGUGCGAGGAAAAGAAAUCCGCCCUUCCAAAAUUGCCAGUCAACUAGGCAUCAGAAACCUUCUGAGAGUGGGAUACGAAAUAAAGCUGGACCCAUAUGUGAAGUGGUCAGCCAUUUCAAAGCUGUGUCGGGCCGCUGAGAAGAGAUUAGGAGUGAGUUCGUCUUACGGUGAGUUUCUAGCUGAAUACAACGCUCGCCCUUUUUCAAUGAAGGACAGUGAUAGGAGCAACGAGUUUCCUCUUUUGGACUCCAAGGUCUCAGAGCUGGUAGCUCAAUAUUAUCACCCAAGCUUCGCUCCAGAUGGGAGCCGGUUGUACUCCUAUCUGCCCGUGAUGACAGAAAACUAUGACCGGAGGUGUGCCUGGGUUGAAUGCAAUAAUAUCAGAACUAUUGCAUACUCUAUAUUCAAUCUAUCCUUCCCAAGGGAUAGGAGAAGAGAUACUGUCCUCGAGCAUGCACGGAGAGGCCAGAGAAUAGCUCCAACUGUCAUCACUUUACUGGACGAGGGUGCCCUUGCCACAGCUGCUAAGGAGCUGCUCGAACAGAUACGGUCUGUUCGCCUCUCGUUCGAGGACAAAAACAUAUACUCCUGGAUACCCUACAUUCUAUAUCACAUUUAUUCAGGCAUGGAACACUUCAGUCUUCCCAAAGCAGGCACCAUAAUCGAGUUUUUCCAAUUUAGCUACACGGGAGAUUCUCUAACGUGGGAUGACCUCCAUCUGCGGGCUCAGAUAUUGUGUACACUCUAUUCUCUACGCAUGCUCAAACAGUUUCUACACGUUUCACUGUUCCAGGGCGAUGCUAGAGUCCGAAGUAUGGGAGAGCCGCUCUUUGAUGUGUUAGCUGCGCUCCCGCCGUUGCACGCAUUAUCUGAGGCCGGCAUAUCACUCAACUCUCGUACAGAAGAAGACGGGCAUAUUUUAGCUGAUACUAUCGAUGCCCUAUUUGACCGCCUAGCCAGUAGUCAAACGCAGGCAGUGGAAGUAGACCUGGUGCGACGGAAGGAAUCCGAAGAUAAUAAAACCGAUACACAGGCCAGCUGUCUAAACCGUAAGAAGAGGAAGAGAGAGAAGAAGACGGCAAACCCUCCAGCGUUAAUGCGGAGGCGACAAGUCUCUAGCAGUAAUAUGUAUGAUAUUCUGCAAAGUACCUCUGACCCUCACCCUCAAUGA